AUGGAGGGAAAAGAUGUAGAAACCAAUACCGGAGCGGAAGCAGGUGCGGUCGAAGCAGCCAAGGGAACGGAUAUAGGAGCGGUAGAAAUUGGCAAACAAACGGAAGUUGUCAAAACUGGUAAAGAAAUACUUACGGCUGGCAGAGGAAUGGAGGAAAUAGGAACAAAUGAGGAAAGAGGAGCUUCAUCAAAAACAGGUCCGAGCUCGCCACUCCCGAAACCACNAAAGAGGAAAUUCUUUGAUUUGGGGAAGGAAUUGACAUUCGGAGACUAUCCUUCCAGUUACAAUCUCUUCUUAUGGUGGGGAUUAUUCUUGUACAAAUCAUGGUUGUAUCCACUUUCCAUACAAAAUAUGAUGAAUUCACAGGGAAUCAGAGGUCCGCCUUACAAGUUUCCUAAAUGGAAUUUCAGAAAAAUUGCAGCAAUGAAAUCAAACACUGGUCCUAUGGAGCUAUCACAUGACAUAUUUCCUAGAUUGCAGCCACAUUUGCACUCAGGGGUCAAGUUGUAUGGAAAGAGUUUUUUAUGGAAUGGUUCUAAACCACAAUUGAUUGUAACAGAUGUUAACUUGAUUAAAGAAAUUCUCACCAACAAAGAGGCAUUUGCUAAGCCUAAAAUUAGUGGUCCUUUAAAGAAGUUAUUUGGGAAUGACAUUCUUUUUUCAGAAGGUAAAAAAUGGUCAAAACUUCGUAAAGUGGCAGAGUAUGCUUUCCAUGCGAAAAACUUGAAGCACUUCACUAUAGCAGCUAAAAGAUAUGAGAACAAACGAGGACAUGAUUCCAGCAAUGAUUGGAAGUAUGGAAGCAAUGUUAAAAACAUGGAAUCUUAUGAAAGUAAAGAGAUCGAAGUGAAUGAACAAUUCAGGCUUAUGAGCACGGAGAUCAUCUCUAAAACUGCUUUCGGAAGUAGCUACUUGGAGGGGAAGCAUAUAUUCCAAAUGUUGGACAAAUUAACUCUAUUCAUUGUCAUGAGCUCUAGAAGGUCUAGAAUUCCUGGAAUAAGGACAAUUGAAGAUAUAGAAUCAGACAAGAUCCGAGAAGCACUACGUGAGAUCAUGUUAAUGGUAAAGAAAAGAGAAGCCAAUGUUAAUUCAGGACAAACAGACAGCUAUGGAAGUGAUUUUCUUGGAUCACUUUUGAAGGCUCACCAUGAUGUUGAUGAAAGAAAAAGAAUUUCUGUGGACCAUGUCAUCGAUGAAUGUAAAACCUUCUAUUUUGGUGGACAUGAAACAACAACCAAUCUACUAAGCUGGAGUGUUCUUCUCCUAGCAAUCAACACUGAUUGGCAAGAGAAAUCAAGAAAGGAAGUUCUUGAACUCUUCGGCAAAGAAUAUCCAGAGACAGAUAGCAUUUUAAAACUAGAGAUUGUGGGCAUGGUAAUAAAUGAGAGUCUGAGGCUUUAUCCACCAGUUGUGGAUAUAAACAGAAGAGUAACAAGAACAACAAGAUUUGGCGAACUUACAGUUCCAGCAGGAGUUGAAUUGGACAUUCCCCCUUUAUCAGUUCACCAUAGCUUUGAAAUAUGGGGCGACGACGCUCGCCUAUUUAAACCAGACAGAUUUGCUGAUGGAGUAGCUAAAGCAACAAAGGAGCCGUUGAUGGCGUUUUUACCUUUCAGUUUUGGUCUUCGAAAAUGUCCUGGCUCGAGUUUUGCAAUUAUGCAAGUCAAGAUAGCACUUUCUAUGAUCUUGCAACGUUAUAAGUUCACUCUUUCACCAAAUUACAGUCACUUUCCCAUU